CUCCCCUCAAGCUCCACCCUCUCCCCAGCUUUCAGAGGGUGUGUGGGGCGGACGUAAGGAGGAACUAUCUUUUCCAGUGGGUCGCGCGCCACGCGCCACGCAGUCGUCUGGGAGUUGUAGUCCCGGGGGCGGAGACUUUUUUUUUUUUUUGAUUGUGUUGCACGCGGCCGCCAGGGGAGGUUUGGACCGCGCAUCUAGGCGGCGGCGGCGGCGGCGGCGGCCGAGGUCGGGCCGGGAGGCUCAACUGGCGCAACCCGCCGCCACCGAGGUGGUGAUGGGCAAGGAGGAGGAGAUUGCGCGGAUCGCCCGGAGGUUGGACAAGAUGGUGACCAGGAAGAGCGCGGAGGGAGCCAUGGAUUUGCUGCGGGAGCUGAAGGGCAUGCCUGUUACAUUACACCUGCUCCAGUCCACCCGUGUUGGGAUGUCUGUCAAUGCCCUGCGGAAGCAGAGCUCGGAUGAGGAGCUCAUUGCGCUGGCCAAGUCCCUCAUCAAGUCCUGGAAGAAGCUCUUGGAUGUUUCUGAUGGCAAGACCAGGGAUCAAGGGAAGGGCACGCCUCUGCCCACAUCGUCCUCAAAGGAUGCCUCAGGGACUGCGGAUCUCAGCUGCAAGAAGCCAGACCCACCUAGGACCUCAUCCACUCCGAGGAUCACCACAUUUCCUCCAGUACCCAUUACCUGCGAUGCUGUACGAAACAAAUGCCGUGAAAUGCUGACUUUGGCCCUGCAAACAGACCAUGACCAUGAGGCCGUCGGUGUAGACUGUGAGCAUCUGUCAGCUCAGAUCGAGGAGUGCAUCUUCCUGGACGUGGGAAACACAGACAUGAAGUACAAGAACCGUGUGCGGAGCCGAAUCUCCAACCUGAAAGAUGCCAAGAACCCUGGCCUGCGGCGGAAUGUGCUGUGUGGUGCCAUUACACCCCAGCAGAUAGCCGUGAUGACAUCAGAGGAGAUGGCCAGUGAUGAGCUGAAGGAGAUCCGUAAGGCCAUGACCAAGGAGGCCAUCCGUGAGCAUCAGAUGGCCCGUACAGGUGGCACACAGACCGACCUGUUCACCUGCAGCAAGUGCAGGAAGAAGAACUGCACCUACACGCAGGUUGGGGUCCACUCUAUCUCCCUUGGCUGGGACCUCAGGGCAUACCAAUCCUCUCCAUGGAUACCACCUUUGUCCCUACUUCUCCUGGUCUGGGGCUCUGUGCUAGGGCUAAGUGGCUUGGUCCUGCCCAGCUUGGAGAGACAGGAGUGUAGUCUUCUGUUUGGCAGUGGCUGUGGGACCUUCAGACCCUGCUAUGGAGGUGGAAGCUUAAAUAUUUUCGGGAGACCAUGUGGAUUCCAAGAUAUACUGGGGACUUGGGAAGAGGGAAGUGUUAUUAAGAUGCCUUAUGGAAGCUGCCAUCAUCUGUAACAGGGCAUGAGGGGCAGAGCAGCUGUCUCCACUACCUGUAAGGACUAAGCCCUGUCAUAGAAGGUUUUCUCUUCCGUCUCCCAGAUGACCAGGGCCACUGGCAUCUCUGCUGAUCCUUUCAAUAUAUAGACCCUCCUUUGGGAAUUCUGUACUUAGCCAACACUCUGGACUCUACUGAGCCCAGUUGUUCAGGCCCACAAAGAUCUCUGUUGUGGUGAUCUACCUUCUCCAUAGACUUAUGGAGGUUUUAGAAGGUUGAGGUCACUGGGAAGUUUCAAAUCAAGUCAGCAGUAGAGAUUGGGGAUUCAGCCACCCACCUUACAGGUGCAGACUCGCAGCUCGGAUGAGCCCAUGACCACUUAUGUUGUCUGCAACGAGUGUGGGAACCGCUGGAAGGUAGGUGGGUGGGCCCAGAAUGCUCACCUCCAGUCCAGUCUCAGAAUAUAUUGGACCUGAAGUAGGAACCAGGGCCCACUGUACCGAUAGCCUCCUGGGAGUCUCUGGGGAGGAGCCCCAUGCCUGUCCAUCCUGUUACUGCCCUGGGGGGUGGUGUGUGUCAUGUGGGGCCUUGGCCAGACACUUCCCUACCUUCCUGCAGUUCUGCUGAACCCUUGUACGUACUGAUGUGUUGUAGUCCUGGCCAUGGCUAGCAUUGCCCCCUCCUGCAAUGUUCUUGGACACAGCUUCUCUGGAGAUCCCCAGAAGGUGGCAUGCCCUGUCCCAGCCUGCCUGCCUGGUGUGCACCUUUCUGCCCUUUGUCCCUCAUUAUUAAAUGUUUUCUUUUGCCUUC